GUAUAUUUAGUGAUAUGUCUGUCUCUGAUGUACAGAAAUGUGUGUGCUUUUACAAAGAGACUAUGCUAUUUACAUGUUACCUUGUAAUCUGGGUUUUCUCCUAUAACAUUAAGAACUUCUUUCCAUGCCAUUGAAACCAUCUAUCAUCAUCAACCAUAUAUCAUCUUUAAUGGCUGCAGAAUGAUUUGUGUGGAUGUGGAGUUUAUUUAACUGAUCUCCUAUAGUCAGAUACUCUUUCGUUUUCUUUUGUUUGCAUUUGAAAUCUAUAAUAUGCACAUUUUGCUUGUCUUUGAUAUUAUAACUAGUAUGAUCUCCACAAGACAUGAAGGCACAGGCAGGGCUGUCUAUCGUCCUCAUUCUUGUACCAUCUCUAAGUGGACUUCAGGCUUUCGUCACACCUGGGAUCAAGUAUGAAAAGAGGAACAGCUUCUUGAUGUGUGGUAUGUUAAGUGUUUAUCCUCAUCCACUUAUCACAUGGAAAAUGGACAAUACACCCAUCUCUGAAAGCAAUGCGGGAGAAAUUGAAUCUUUAAGUCUUUUUUAUGUUGAUAAUAUGAUAAAAAUUACAGGAUCAAAUUUAUCUUAUGAAUGUACCAUGGAAAACUCAUUGCUGGAAUAAACAUGGAUGGGGGGAUAGACAAUGAGAGAUGACCUUCAUAAAAUGCAAAGUGAAAAUGUUUCACUAUCAUGUGAACUUGCAAACAGUUUUUUUUUUUUUUUUUGACUGAAUCAUGAUUUCAUAGCCAGUUGGUCUAAAGUAGAAAAAGAGACCUCCUCCAUCCUGGCUUACUUUCAGAGCUCCUCAUGAAAUAUAACUAUGUAUGAACCCUGCAUCUCCUGGAAUAAAGAGCAAAUAAACCGGAGUGACUUUUCUUUGACUUUGAAGGAUCUUAGUCUUUCAGACAAUGGGGAAUACUUAUGCAAUAUUUCUUCAAGCAAAUAUAGCUUACUCACCAUCCAAACGCUGCAUGUAGUAGAACAGAGUCAAAGUGGAACUGCCUGGAUAAUUGUUCUGUCAUUGGUGACUUUGGUUUUGCUGGCAAUUUGCAUAUUCUAUAUGUCAAAAAGAUACCAUUCCAGGAGAGAAAGGUGCUCUGUCCAUACUGAGAGGGCCAACACUGCUGGUGCUGAAGAAAACCAGGCUAUUUCAGCUCAGCCAGCUACUACAGGAAAUUAAGACAGGACUAUGUCAACACAUGAUGAGCAUCUUUAAUAUUUAGUGACCUCUCUUUCCCUUUCUUCACUGCACUUCCAGCCAUGGCUUGUCAUGGCCUAAUAAUUCUACCAUUGGAAAGACUUGCAACCAUUGUCUGUCCUGCCAUCACAUUUACUCUUCAAGUCCUAAUCAUCACUCACUGACUCCCUACCUGCAUCAAGAUGAUGAAUUUCUGUAUGCCAAUUCAAACUUUCAUUUGGUGACACUCCUCCCACCAAGAUCUUGGAAGAAAUGUAUCCUUAAGUACUGAUUCAAAAAUCUAAUCAGCUAAUGAAAGGUGAGAGAACACAAAAGCAGAAAUCACCUUAGUGAAAAGGUGAAAAACUGGGGCAAUUGAUAUGCUAAGGUAUUGUACUCCAGCUUUAUGUGAAUAGUUAAUAGCAGUGUAACAAACUCGAUUUAAUAUAGUGAGUCUUAGGGACUCCAAAGUGUAAAAUGUCAGUAUCUCCAAGACUGCCUAGAGCAAAAGGCCCUAUCAACUCAAAAACUGACAUCUCUGGGGUUAGGUUGUACCUUCCAACACCAGGUUUGCACAGCCGAGUGACAUUAGCUCUGGAGAUGAUUUGAUUCAUUUUUCUGGCUCAGUUGUCAUAUUGUUAAUCAGCCUUAUAAUAAAUUUAGAUUUCCAUAUAAAUUUUUACACAAAGAGAAUGGAUAGCCCAGCUGACUUGAUGAUCUCUUCCCUUUUAAUCAAUUUAUAAGAAAGAAAAGGCUAACCACGAUCUUAGUGACUUAAACUUUGACCCUAUAGUUUAUAGGAGAAGACCAACCCCGAACUGUGUGUUAAUGCUACCUGGUCUGAUUUUCUCUAAGUAUUUGCUAUAAUGUUGACAGGUAUUUAGCAUAAAGUGUUGAUAUCAUUAUUUAAAAAAAAAAAAAACAACUUCAAUUGUGAGGAGAAAAUGCUCAGAACUGCUAUAUAGUCUUCUUACAAAAUGGAAAGACCAAAGUCAACAAAUCGAAGAUAGUAGAUAAGAAUGAACCUGGGUCUUUCAAUGCUGUUGAGCCUCUGAAUUAAUCUUAGAGCCAUCUGUAGGAGUUAGGGUUGGGGUCAGAGAGGCAGAGUGCUGAGAAUGACAGGGAAUAAAGAUUUAUUAUAUAGCAUCAACCUCAUAUAAUUUUGGGCACUUGUGAAGAAGUCUAUGUCAGGCUGUCCCCUCUGCAGCUGGGGCUGGACCUGAAGUAGCUGGAAGUCAGCUGUGCCAGUGUUCAGGAUGGAGAGCUGGAUAUGGAGUGAGGAUGAACUGAAAUCUGCAAGAACAAACUAGGACUCGUAUUCCUAGGCAACGCUAGGGGUGACCUGCUAGAGAAGCUGGCAUCCAGUACCAUGGAACCAAGCACACCUAGGCAGGACUCGAAGCUGAAGGAGGGAGCCUUACUGCUAACUCACUUUCUUGGACUGGGGUAACAUUUGUCAGCUAUGACAGUGCCUGGGGCCAUACUCUGGCCUUCACAGCAUAAAGUAGACAAUUGCUCCUUCACUUCUCCCUCUCAAAUCUGGUGAAAAUUUCCUUGUGACCAACUCUAAUCCAGAAGCACACAGAAAAAGGAAAUGUACCUCCUGCUUAGAUACAUUGGCACAAUACAAAGCCAAUAUCCCAUCUAUCACUGAAUGGAGUGUCUUAUAUGAGAAGCUGCUUCAGUGUUGAAAAGCUACACUAACAUGUGACCAAGCCAGGUGUAGAUUAGGAGGAUUUAAUCUAUAAAUUCUAAGUGCUUGUGACUAUAUGUACACCACAGUGCUAGGAUGAAAGCUGAUCAACUCCUACCAUUAGUGGCUGAAAACACAGACUCCUGAAUGGAUGAGUCAAGAAAAAUUCAUUAACUUUAGUAAUAACAAUUUACAACAUACCCUAGGCCUCAUGUCUUCUAUAAAUAUUACUCAUUGAGAGGCAAUAUGGACAAAAGAAUAGGUAUUCAUUUUUUUAACUUCAGAAUUUAAACAAUUCUUACAUUACUUAUAUUUGAGAAUCUGAAAAAUCCCCAUUAACUUUGGAAGCAAAGAUACUCUAUUAUAUCUUCUAAUCACCUUGUUUAAACUACUUUCCACACCACAUAAACAUUUUUUUAAAUGCUUGUUUCAAGUGCAACAUGUUUUUUUAAAUGCUUGUUUCAAAUGCAACCUAAGUUUUCCGUCAUUAAAUGGUACCAUCCUUGUCCAGCCUCCAUCCUUCAUAAGCAGGGACUUCUUAUUCUUCUUCAUGAGCCUGAAAAACAGAAUGAGUGUGCUCUGAGAUUCUGUGACUUUCAUUAGUGGAAAACAUACCCAGAACCAAGUCUAGUCCUUUCCAGAGUAAGCAGGCCUUAGCCAAACUCCUCAUUAGCUUCAAAAGGAUGCAGGCAAUUACGUGCAUUACAGAAAGCAGACACAGGUAAUUCAUCUGAAGGACAUGCUCGGGCAUUCUCAAUUUUCUGCCCGCCUAGCCUUGCUGGAGAAGGCAAGACCCCACAUCUUUUGUGGGAAAGACUGUGGCCACAUCACCAAUUGGCUCCAUGGCCCAGACAGACCCCCCCAGUUCUAUCAGAAAACCUUUUCACUUGGUUUAUGACAAUUGAAAGAUUUUCAGGCUUUCCUUCUGAGAAUGGGAAACAAUUAGUCAUUGCACUGCCAAGGAUGGUUUUCCUAUUCAUCUCGGACCUCUCAAGCAAUUUCUGCUUCAUUCAUUUUAUUCUUUGUUGGAAAUAACUGUGACAAAGUCGAAUACAUUACAUAUGUUUUGCAGCCCUUUUGACCUCCUCCAGCUGAGUGCAAGCAUAGCACAUGUGAGGCAUUUCCCUAAACAAAACUAUUAUAUGGAGUUGAUGGGCAGGCUCUGCCUCAAAGACCCCAAAUCCAGUGCCAUGACCCUUCUCAAAUUGAGGGCAGAGUUCAAACCACUUAACUGGACCUCUGCACAUAGGCCUUUAUCCCUGAGACAAUAUUCAGGCAGCAACAAGAAAUCUCUGGAAUGUGCCAAUGACUCAUGCUUCUCAUAUUUAGAUCUAAAUAUAUUCAAUAUAACCAACUUUUAGAUUCUCCUUCAAAAGAGCUUAUUUUGACCUCCUUUCAGGUAGUGUUUAUUAUGGACAACCCUAUCUACUUGUCUUGCAGAGUUAUUAGUAAUUCGUUUUAAAUAAGAGGGCCAGGCAUGUACCAAAUUUUUAAAAAAUGAAAUGGUGCCUAUCUGUGCUAGGCAUCUGUGCUAAAUGCUUUAUAUGCAUUUCAUGAAGGGCAGCUAAUGUCACAUUAUCCAGUAUCAUUUAAUUCAUUUCUCUGAAAGCCAGACCUCAUUUAAAAACUGUGUUUGUGGGAAAUCUCAGUAAGAAAGCUGAGGCUGACUAUUUUUGGAAAACUCCCAAAUUUAUAUGUUGAAAUCUCAAUCUCCGUAGUGAUGGUGUUAGGAAGUGGGGCCUUUAAGUCAUGAGGAAAGAGUUCUUAUGAAUAGGAUUUCUGCCUUUUAAAAAGGGCUUCUUCCCCCCACCCCACCCCUUUUACUAUGUGAGUGCAAAGUGGAAAAAAAAAAAGGCCGUCUCUGAAGAAGUGGCCCUCACCAGAUACUGAAUCUGCUAGCAUCAUGAUCCUGGACUUUCCAGCCUCCAGAAACUAUGGGAGAUGUUUGUUAUUUAUAAGCCACCCAGUCUCUGGUGUUCUAUUAUAGCACCCUGAAUAGACACUGAUCUUGACAAGCCUAUAAUUCAGUGGUCUUGUCAUGCUGCCACUUUGCUAGUAAAAUACUUAAGGGAGCAGCCCCUAUCCUGGGAUCAGAAUAGAAGUGUUGAGAACCACAGAUAUGGAAAUAUCUUUCCCCCUGUUUUAGGGAUUAAGCAGAAAGCUAGAAAGGACAAGUGCCUUUAUUCUCCACUGCCUCAAGUUUAAACCUCACCACCCAGGUCUCCAUACUGAUACAGUAUGAAGUCAUGUAUUUGUCUACAUAGAAGGACUUCACUUAGUUUCAAGCAGAUCCAUCUGUGCUUUUUAAAUCAUCUUUGCUCUCUGGACUCCUGACUGUUCUGCACAAAUGAAUCCAGGAUCUGGAGCUCCGAGCCCACAAGUUCAUCUGGAACUAAGCAUUUGCGAAGUAUAAAUACAAUAUACAUUCCACUCAAAUGCUUACCACUUCAUAUUACCUGGACAAUAAAAAUUUAGUAAAUAUUGGAAGACCUUAGCAGAACCUACUUUAAAGUCUUUUAAAAAAUAAAGAGAAAAAACAAAUUUCUUGUUCUAUUGCUCUGUGUGAUGACACAAGCCCUAAAACACACAUGCUUUAAGAAUUACAACAGAGUUGAAUAUCUGACAUACCUUUUUUCUAAACUCCUUUGCUUUGAUCUUGAGUUUAUUGACUUGAGAUUCUGCUAUCUCUGCCCUUUCCUUAGCUUCGUUCAACUCAUGUUGCUGCUUCUUAUACUUGGAAAGAUAUUGAUUGGC